AUGAACGGCCUCUUGGACAAGACCAGCCACCGACAGCACGUGCCAAUCCAACCACGCAUCAUCAUCCAUGGCGGCGCCGGCAACAUUUCGCGGACGACGUUGACUCCCGAACGACGGAUCGCUUACCGAGCAGCCCUGAAGGAGAUUAUUACGCGCACCAAAGAAUACAUGGCAUCGGGUACGGCUGCGCCGUCGGACUCGUCGGGUCCGACUGCACUUGAGAUGGCCACGUUCGCCAUCGUUCUGCUCGAGGACUGCCCGCUCUUCAACAGCGGCCACGGCGCCGUGUUUACACGCGACGGGAUCAACGAGCUCGAGGCAGGCAUUAUGGUAUCACGGGGCCGAGCCAAGCGGGGGGUGGGCGUGAUGGGACUGCGCCGGGGUGGGAGCGCUGGCCGGCGGGCGAGCCGCACAAGCCGCGAGGACAGCGAGGACAUGCAGGGACCCAACAUUGACUCUGGCGCCCAAGGCCAUGCGCAGAUUUAUGGUGCAGCCGCCGAGGCGUUGGCCACGCGCUACGGACUGCCGCUCGUCGACCCGUCCUACUUUUUCACGCAGCAGCGGUGGGACGAGCAUAUACGUGCUCUCGAGGCCGAGAAACAAGGGCGGGCGGCCACGAGCUCCUGGUCGGCCAGCGAGUACCUCCCACAAGGCACGUGCGGCGCGGUGGCCCUAGACGCGGACGGGGUGGUGUGCUGUGCGACGAGCACGGGCGGCCUGACGAACAAGGUGACGGGCCGCGUGGGUGACACGCCAGUGGUGGGUGCAGGCUCGUGGGCGGGCACGUGGGCCGAGGACGGCGAUCCGACGGGAUGGGCGGUCGCGGCAGCGAGAACAGCAGGGGGUGUGCAGACGGCUCGCCCGGUUGUCGAGCUGUCUCGGGCUCUCUGCAACCUGCUGGCCGAUUGUCUUCCGAUUCCCUCGCCGACAGCCCUUUUUUAUGAACCUCUAUCGUCGACGCCAUCGUCGUCCACAAAAACAACACGUUCCAUCGGCCUCUCUGGCACGGGCAACGGCGACUCCUUUUUGCGCAUCAGUGCUGCGCACACGGUCGCGGCCAUGGCGCAGUACAAGCCGCUGUCGUUGGCUUCCGCGCUUUCGGCCGUGGCUGGUCCAGGCGGGUUGUUGCAGCAGAGUGCGGGCGAUCGCUGGGGCCGCGCCGGCGAGGGCGAAGGCGGCAUCAUUGGUGUUGAGUCUGUGGUUGUGCACGACGACCGUGGCCAUGUCCGGGAGGUCCGCACCGCCGUGAUCCAGGACUACAACAGCGGCGGCAUGUUCCGCGCUUGGGUCGACGAUGCCGGUGAGGUGCAGGUGCGCAUUUUCCGGGACAAGUAA